CAAAGCUUUGCUAAAUUCAAAAAAGGAAAAGAACAAAGCUUUGCUUUCCCAUACGAGCUCCAUCGACGCUCGACGGCCAACACCGACACACAUGCUGCCCCAAUGCACCGAGCGCGUGCUCCUGCCAUCGUCGCCUCUCGCCUCCUCGUCCGCGACAACCAGCGCAUCACCGCCCUCGCCCGCGCUGGCGACCUGGCUGCGGCGCGCCGGGUGUUCGACGCCAUGCCCCGCCGCGACGUCGUCUCCUGGAACGCGCUCCUCACCGCGCUCUGGCGCGUCGGCCGGGACCUGCCCGCGGCGCGCCGCCUCUUCGACGACAUGCCGUCCCGCAACGUCAUCUCCUGGAACUCCGUCGUCGCCGGCUGCCUCGCGCACGGCGACCUCGCCGCCGCCUCCGCCUACUUCGCGCGCACCCCGCGUCGCAACGUGGCCUCGUGGAACGCCAUGCUUGCUGGGCUCGUCCGGCUCGGCUGCAUGAACGACGCGGAGAGGCUGUUCGGCGAAAUGCCUGAGAGGAACGUGGUGUCAUACACCACCAUGGUUGAUGGGCUCGCGCGACGUGGGGAGGUGGGUAGGGCACGUGCCGUGUUUGACGAAAUGCCGGAGAGGAACUUGGUGUCGUGGGCAGCGAUGAUAAGCGGGUAUGUUGACAACAGCAUGCUCGACGAGGCAAGAAAACUGUUUGCAGCGAUGCCAGAGAAGAAUGUCAUGGCAUGCACCGCCAUGAUCACUGGAUAUUGCAAGGGAGGAGAUGUGGAGAGCGCCAGGAAGCUUUUUGAUGAGAUUUAUGUCAAAGAUGUCAUCUCAUGGAACGCCAUGAUUACAGGGUAUGUUCAUAAUGGAUACGGAGAAGAAGCUUUGAAAUUGCACAUCAUAAUGCUCAGAGAAGGUACAAAACCAGAUCAUGCGACUCUUAUUGCAAUCCUGACAGCAUGCUCUGCUCUUGCUUUGCUCAGACAAGGAAGAUCAACACAUGCUGUUGCCGUCAAAACAAUGUUAGAAUCUAGCACAUCUUUUUGUAAUGCUUUGAUCACAAUGUAUAGCAAGUGUGGUGAUGUCACUGAGUCAGAGUUAGUCUUCAUAAAUCUUAAAAGCCAGGACAUUGUUUCGUGGAACACAAUGAUCGCGGCAUAUGCACAACAUGGCAAAUAUCAGAAAGCUAUUUCUCUCUUCCAUGAGAUGGAAACACGUGAGCUGAUACCGAAUGAUAUUACCAUCCUUAGUGUGCUAUCAGCAUGUGGGCAUGUUGGCAGGGUGGAUGACAGCUUGGAACUAUUUGAUCUUAUGUCAUCCAAAUACGCGAUAUGCCCAGGAGCUGAACACUAUGCUUGUAUUAUCGAUAUAUUGGGCCGAGCAGGACAGUUCGAGAAAGCGUGUAGUUACAUAAAAGACAUGCCAUUUGAAGCUGAGAAGAAUGUUUGGGGUGCAUUGCUUGGGGCUUCCAGGACUCAUGGCAAUGUGCAGUUGGGUGAACUUGCUGCGAAAAUGCUUGUGCAGUCACACUCAGGAAGUUCAGGGCCUUAUGUGAUGCUUUCAAAUAUAUAUGCUGCUGCUGGCAUGUGGGGUCAAGUCAAUCGAAUAAGAGGUCAAAUGAAGGAAAAUGGUGUGAAGAAACAACCUGGAUACAGCUGGACUGAAAUUGCUAAUAGAGUUCAUAUGUUUGUGGGUGGUGAUGCAUCUCAUCCAGAGAUGAACAAGAUCAUAUCUGAACUGAGAAAAAUCAGUUUUCAUAUGCAAAUGAUGGCCAAUGGAACUCAUACAAUGGUAGAGAUGUCCCAGGAAUCUGGAUAGGGCUUUUCAUACUCUUCAUGCGCACAUGUCAUUCACAGCAGCUGCUCGAUCAAAAUAUCUGUCUGUGAGUUCAAGGAUCAAAUUUACAGGCCAUAGAUUGUUUGUCUCAUGUACAUGGAUUCCCUGCAUGGCUUUUAAACAGAUGAGUCUAAUGGAUGUUAGUUAGUAUCAUGAUAAACCUGGGUUUUUUCCUUCAGUAAAAGAAGCCCCCCUGCUGUUUAUACAGAAAUUGAAACUAAAAUAUAGAAGAAACAGUCUUUAAAGUUAAUUUCCAUAAUCAUGGAAAUAAUUUUGUUCUGGGUGAUAAAACAAUCUUGAUCCAGUUUUACCUAGGAAUUUCUAGCUGCAACCUUGACUGAGAUGAACACAUGGUUGUCAGGUCAAUUAAUCACAAGGAAAAUGCUAUGGUUUGGUACUCCACGGAAUCAUGUAUGUAUUUUAGACAUUGCUUAGUGGGAUAUGCUUGCUGCAAUUUAUAUGGACAGAAGGGAUUCUAGACCUCCGUGAAAUUUACAUCGGUAACAAAGGAUUGAUGUUUGUCCAAUGAGGUCUUUAUUCCUCUUUUGUGCCCUUUGAUGUCAUUAAUUGGAAUUGGAAUCACCGCAAAAUUCAAUCCAGAGGAUGGUCAGCAGCAAGGAAAAUUAUGCAUACAGGAACAACCUUCUUAGGGAAUAGAGCAGUAGCUGCAUAUUGGUUUGCUUAAAUGGAAGUCACUUGUAUAUUUUGGUAAUCCAGAUGAACUGCCAUUUUCCUUGUCACAACAUUGGUCUAGCUGCUGCUGUUGCAAAUCCGAGUUUAGUAGUUGCAUGCUUUAUUUUGCUUUGGAUAUAUAGUGGAGAGAUGGUUUUCUAGUUUUUAUCUUCAGAGGUUAUGAUUGGUUAUGUGGACUGCAAUGCAGUUUUAUUUGAUUUUAUAUAAAUAAUAAACUCGCAACACAUCGUCAAGGAGGUUUAGAACUGGGAAA